UCCAAAAAUAUCACAUUUUAUUAAUUUUUCUCUUUUAUAAAAACCUGGCAAUAACAAACAUAAUUAAAAAGACUUAUCGAAAUUGGCGCAGGCGAUCACGUAUUCCGUGAACGACAUUUUUUUUUUUUUUUUAAUAAUAAUAAAAUCAAAAAAACGUUGACAGGUCAAAAACUUCAUCCACAUUGAUUUAGCUGCUUGGGCGUGAAAAUGCAAAAGUCGGCCUGAGUUACUGAAAGUACACGUCAUUAUAUUUCACGAUAGAUUGUGCCUUAACAUCGCCCAUCUAAUGCCCACAAGAGCACUCGCACUGCAGCUUGCCGCCGCCGCGCCGGCUGACGGAACACGAUGGACUUCAUUAACUUCAUCAUUUCCUUCUUUGUCUCCAAAAAGCUUACCUUGCUGACAGCUUUUCUGUGUUGGAGACCAGAAGAUGUAAGCGAGCUGAUGAAGCAGGGUCGGGCCGCAGGGCUCCGCGUCCGCGCGCUCCCCCGCUUCGACCGGCUGCCCGCGCUGCCGCCCUACCGCAGCUUCCGGGAAGCGAUGCUGCUCGACAUUCGCUGUGACAAUAGCACGCUUGUGCUCGCUGAAGCUUCAUCAAAACGGGCCUUCAACCUACGUCACUCCUGGCUCAUAAUAGACGAUUCGCCAUUCAACGUCAGUUAUUUAGAGACUUCCCUCGGGGACGCGCUCGUGCUACCCGACGGUGACGUCACGUGGGCCUCGUCCGACGUCAUGGUGGACGUGUACCGGGUGAAGGACGACCAGCCCCUGGUGGUGACCAGUCUCGGACCGACGAUGAGUCAGAUUGCACUAGAGAGAUUGUGGGCGAGGCUUCCUACUGCAGUUUCGAGGAGAAGGAAUCUGAACAACGUUUAUCUCAAAUCGGCGACUAUUAUCACGCAGCCGCAGUACUUCAAGGGCUGGCACGAUCUCUCGAACCGACAAAUCGAUACCUUUCCCAAGGUCACUUAUCCGCUGCUGAUGCUGUGCGGCGAAGACCUUAAAUUUCGGUUCAACUUGAAGCAGGUGGACCUGUACGGCGAGCAGCGCAACGGCACGUUCGACGGGCUGGUGGGCGCCAUGCAGCGCGGCGAGCUGGAGCUGGGCGUCACCUCCAUGUUCCUGCGCGGGGACCGCUGGCGCGUGCUGCACUUCUGCGCCGAGACCGUCGAGCUGCGAGGCAACUUCCUGUUCCGGCAGCCGGCGCGCUCGGCCGUGUCCAACGUGUUCGUGCUGCCCUUCAGCCGCGGCGUGUGGCGCGCGCUGGCGGCCGUGGGCGGCGCGGCGGCGGCGCUGCUGGCGCUGUGCGGGCUGCUGGCGCGCCGCGGCACGCCCGACGCGGCGGCGCAGCGCCUCACGCUGCUGGAGAGCUUCACAUUCGCCGUGGGGACGAUUUGUCAGCAAGGUUCAGACCUGUCGCCGUCGCUGCUCUCGGCGCGCGUGCUGAUGUUCUGCACGCUGCUGGCGUCGCUGUUCGUGUUCACGUCGUACUCCGCCAAGAUCGUGGCCAUCCUGCAGGCGCCCAGCGACGCGCUGCAGACCCUCGCCGACCUCACGCACUCGCCCAUGGACCUGGGCGUGCAGGAGACGACCUACAAGCGCGUCUAUUUCGCUGAGAGCACUGACCCGGUGACGCAGGCGCUGUACCGGCGCAAGCUGCUGCCGCUGGGCGAGCGCGCCUACCUCAGCGUGGUGGACGGCAUCGCGCGCGUGCGCUCCGGACUCUUCGCCUUUCAGGUGGAGGAGAGCUCCGCGUACGACGUCAUCAGCAAGACGUACACGGAGCGCGAGAAGUGCGGCCUGAAGGAGAUCAAGGCGUUCACUCUGCCCAUGGUGGCCGUGCCCGUGCGCAAGCACUCCGGCUACCGGGACCUGCUGGGCGCCAGAUUGCGCUGGCAACGCGAGGUCGGUCUGAUGGACCGUUUCCGACGCAUCUGGAUGAGCUCUCGGCCCAAAUGCGACGCGGGAAGCGGCGGCUUCGUCAGCGUGGGGCUGGUGGACGUGCUGCCCGCCGCGCACGUGCUGCUCGCCGGCGCGCUGCUCGCCGCGCUGCUGCUGCUGCUCGAGAGACUCGCGCACGCUGCGACAAACUCGUACAGGAGUCGAGCACGCUUUGCGAGCGCGCCCGUCGCUUCAGGCGCAGGGGAGAAACACCAGCUUACGUAGAUCAGUAGAUAGACCGACAUCAUUUUAAUAGAUUGCUUUUUAGAAGUGAAUAAUGCAAAUCUACUCGUAUUAUAUUUAUUGUAAUAUACAUAUGUAAAUGCAGUAGCUUAAAGAAUAUUCAAUUAUACCGAACCCACUAAAGGUUUAUUAUUUUACUACAAAUCCAAACAAAUACUCAGAUAGUCAAAGAGCUAUAGACAGGGCUAUGUUUAUAGCUCUUUGACUAGCUGUUUUGACUGUGUAUGGGAGUCUCUCUGAAGAACAAAAUCCGGAAUGAGGUAAUCCGUAGGAGAACGAAAUUAAUCCAAGUAGCUCAAAGGAUUAGCAAACUGAAGUGGCGGUGGGCGGGCCAUAUUGUCGCAGACCAGACGUCUG